UCAUGGCGCCGGUGAACGUUCGGUUAAAUCCUGUAGGUUUAGCUGUCGGCGUGGCAGUUAUCAUCAGUAUAUCUUUUUACAUAUUUGGUCUUCCAGGGCUAUUUAGACAAGAACCGAGAAUUAGCAUGAAAGAACUUUUGUCGGUCAGUGUUGAACUAGCUCGGCGUGGAGGAUCACGAGUCAAAGCUAUCGUUGAGGAGAAAAAGGGUUUGGAAGCUGAAGUCAAGGGAAAAACUAAAGAAGGGGAAAACGAGAUGCUUACACAAGGCGACUUGCAGUCUCAUAAAGCUAUAUUCUAUGGGUUUGAGAAAGCUUUCCCUGGAUUAAGAGUAAUGUCCGAGGAGCACGACACUGAGCCGGUAGACCUGACCACCAUCCCCAAUGUCAACAAGGAACUGAAGGAGGUGACAGACAUUGUACAAAGUGACCAAUCCAUACCCAUGAACUCCAUCGCUAUCUGGAUUGACCCACUAGACGCCACACAGGAAUAUACAGAGGGAUUGAACGAGUAUGUUACCACAAUGGUGUGUGUUGUGGUGAACGGAGAACCCCGCAUUGGCGUUAUACAUCGACCAUUCUCAGAUGAAACAGUUUGGGCCUGGGUUGGUUAUGGUCACUCUGAAAAUUUGAAGAAAGCUGAAAAGGCAGAAACCGAAACUGGUGGAUCUAAGAGAAAGAAGAUAAUCGUAUCUCGGUCUCACAAGGGGACAGUGGAGGACGUGGCUAGGGAAGCAUUUGGCGAGGACACAGAAGUCAUCGGAGCAGGAGGAGCAGGCUACAAAACUCUGGAGGUGAUCAAGGGGAAAGUGAACGCAUAUACCCAUGUGACACUGAUCAAGAAGUGGGACAUUUGUGCCGGAAACGCCAUCAUCAGUGCCAUGGAUGGUAAAAUGACGACAUUAGAAGGAAACAUCAUCGACUACUCCCCAUUCAAUGACUAUAAGAAUGAUAAAGGCUUACUUGCCACAUUGUACGAUCACUUUGACUAUCUGGAAAAACUUGCACCUGUGGUUGAAAAAUUUAAGAAAAGUAAUGAUGCCAAGAAAAAAGAAGAAAAGAAGUCCAAAUGAUUUCAAACAGGGGAGGUAACUCUAGAUGGGGUUCGUAGGGAAGGACAGUCAUGUGUAUCUUGUGAUAGGGUUUAUGAUGAUGUUUAUAAUUCACACAGUAGCUUCUUAGGAUACAGGAAACAUAUGAAGGAUAUUAUUACAGGAUUAUUUUCUAGUUAUUCUGGUGCUACCACUUAUAGCGUCACUCUUUGUUUCAAACAUGACCUUACCAGUUUAACACAUGGCUUAUGAACUAUUUUGUGGAAUAUUUACUUAUAAAUAUAUAUUUAUUUGGUCAUUUAAAUAAUCUGAAAUUGAGGCUAAGGUCCAGAGAAAAAUGCGAUUUAUAUAUGUAUAUCACAGUCUAUUUAGCAAAUUUCUUGUUCCAAGAAUUAGGGGGUUAUGAAAGGGGGGAUUUACUGGAUCUAGCUAUUUUUCUAGGUUCUUUUGGUGAUAUUAACGAUGUUGGAAGCGAACACAGCAUUGAAGGUUUUUACAUGGAAGUGUUACAGGCGGAAUCAUAUAAUGGGCUGCGAUAUACGGUCGUUCCAUUGUUGUUAAGAAUACACAACAUGAAUUAACACUGACUCGCUUACUGUGAAUGUAAUAGUGGUAGUGGCAUGGUUCCUUGAAGCUGAUUCCUGCAAGUAUUGUUUGUUUGGGAUGUUUCAUUGCCAGUGUUGUUUGUGAGAAUGUCUUUUUUGAGUGUGCCCCAUCCUCAUACUAAUGUUUUUUGUUUUGUAAUACUCUGUACCAUGAUACGCAUAUUGUACCUCGAGGUCAUGUAUUAAUGGAUAAGGUGCAUGUAG